AUGCUUACGUGGACCAAGCGAGGUGCUUUAAAUGUCACAAACUCGGUCACUGGGCAAGAGAAUGCACUGCCUCCUGAGAUAGCUCAGAGCGUAAAACAUCCGAAGAUGAAUGAUAAGAAAUUAGAAGAAGAGGAAGAAAGGAAACAUCAUCGCAGCCUUUCACAAAAAUGGACAGCAUUUAUUGAAAAUACCACUUUGCAUGGUAUAAGGAAUGUUUUACCAUCGCAAAGACCAAAGGUCUCCCGAGUGGUUUGGUCUGUUGUAAUGCUGACCUUUGGCGCAUAUUUUAUUUACACCUUUUAUAAGGCAGUGAACAAAUACCUUCAAUAUCAUACUGUCACCUUGAUAACCAAGAAUUAUGAACAGAAUAUGUCGUUUCCGGCAGUGAGCAUUUGUCCUGACAAUUUAUUCAGCAGAAGAAAAAUUAUGAUGCAGGACGACGAUCCCUUUUUUGCAGCCCAAGGCCUAAAUAUGGGCGCAUGCAAGGUUACUAGGGAGUUACGUCAGCGGAAGAUGAACAACAUGUCUUGUGGAUUAGCAAUGAUCUGCUGCUGUGCCUUUUUUGGAUAUAAAACAAAUCCAAUUGAUUAUACUAACUGCACUGAACAGAGAAGGAGCGCAUUGCAAAAAGCCAUUGAAGAAUCUGGGGUUCUUUUCAACAUGGAACAGUUCUUCAAAGUCUUCAGCCCGGAUUCAGCAGAAAUGCUAUCUCAUUAUCAUGCAUGCCUCUUUCAAUGGAGUGAAAACUGCAGAGCCUCAGAUUUUGAAACCGAAGUGACACAAUAUGGAACAUGCCAUACUUUUAAUUCUGGCAAAAACAAUCGAUCCAAAGUUUCCUAUAGGGGUGGAGUGAGCAAUGGACUGGCAAUAAUGCUGAAUGUGAGUCAGUCUGAUUACACGCUUGGCCACAAGAUGGCACAAGGGUUCACCAUAUCGAUCCAUGCCCAGGGCGAAAGCUUCAAUGGCUUUGAUGACGCAUUUAGUGUAAUGCCAGGGACAUAUGCUACCAUUUCGCUUUCAGAGCAAAGAGUAAGUUUGGUUUAUGUCUUUCUUGAUUUAAUGUUUUUUUGCCUUCAGGAGAUUUAACUAAAUAAGAAAAAGUGCAUGUAUCACUUUAAGCUAGAGUCAAAUUUUCAUUUUGGAGAUUUCGUUUCUCACGUGUCCAAAUGCUGUUUAUUUGAAAAUGUUGACAAAGUUGACUUGGAAAAGUUAAGAUGCAGUGACCUUCCCUUGAAUUGCUUGAAAAGGUUGAGCCUACGUUUCGUAGUUCUGAUUAUUCGUUGGUAACUGAUACCAGCUAUUAUUCUUUUCUUACAUCUCAGUUUAUGAAGGUAUGUUUAACCAACUCCUUUAUAAAAAUGGUAUCAAAGUUCUCUUUCAGCAAAAAAGGAACAAUGAGGAUGACCUUUCAAGCUUUUAAUUGUAAAGAGAAAUAAAUGACGCCGCUACUGAUGAUGAUGACGAUGAUGAUGAUGAUAAUGAUGAUGAUGAUGUCAUGAUUUUCUUUUUCAUUUAAAGUUCGAGCAUCUUGACAGAUAUGGCAAGAAGUGCAAGACAAUGAAACUGAAAAGUUUUUCUCGAUAUACUACAGACGGUUGCCGGGAGGAGUGUAACGCUAAACGUUAUAUGGAAUACUGUGGCUGUCGUCUGGCGGGUAUCACUGGUAUAUAUCAGCAGUCCCCAUCCAAUUUCUUUUAAUGUUUUACUGUAUGUUGUAAAUGUUCCGAUCCUGUGUCUUUUGAAACUACCACUCUUACUUUGAUAAAAAUAUAAAUUCUUUUCCAGGGUACAUUAUAAGUGUAUGUUCGUCAAAGAAAAUACGUUGAAUGACACUCCGGUGAAUUAAGGAAUGGGGCACUGCAAAUUUGGAGGGGGGUGGUCUGUUUUAGUAGGGAUUUUACCUUUCGCAUAAAUAUUUUAAAUUUAACAUAUAUUUCCCAUAAGGAUUCAUUUUUCAUUAUUACGAAUGUAUUAUCUUUGUCACGUGACUUGCCACACCCAUUUUUGACUUUUUAUUUCAAUCCAAAUUUACACCACUUUAUAAAUUACACUUGUAAUUUAAUUAAUUUUUUGUCAACGACUAUCGACACAAAGUUUAUGGAGUUAAUCGGGGUUUUCUUAAAUUAUCUACGCUUUGUAAACUAUAACGUUUCUUGUUAAGAGGGAGACUGGGACGAGAGAAAAAUAUCUAAUAAUUACGAAGGAAUGGAUCAUUUCACAAGUCCCCGAUUAAUUUAGCUUAUUUGACUGCAAAUGAAAUGUUAUGGAAGGGAAAACGAUUGUGGUCACAUUCAUUAAAGUGGUGUAGUCUGCAGAGUCCAAAUUUUGCAUAAUUAUGGGCGUGGCUGGUCACGUGAUAUGUAAAAAGUAGUGUUUAAGGUCCAAAGUGGUUGUGGUCUUAAAUGCAGCGGUCUAAGUUUAAAUAGAAGGAAGAUACUGGAUAAAACAAGAUCAAAUCAUAAAACCCCGCAAGUAACAAGGACCCAUGCCUUAAUUCACCUGAGCAGGUUUUGCUUUUUUGGUUGGUCUUGCCGGAUCCACUAUUACUGUUUUAUGUUCCGGUAGAAAAUCGCGAACUGACAAGAUCAAAAUUGAGGUGUAUGGCUAUAGAUAAACGGGAAACAGUAUUAAAAUCAGCUUUAAUUUCAAUCAUCUGAUUCCAUAUCGCAUUUCCGUGUGGUUAGUAAGUUUCCUCUUUUUUUUUUUUUAAAAAAAAAACAAUUUCUCGAAGACAUGACGUCUCUUUCACUUUCAUUGCAACAAUCGACCAUCGAAAUAAUGGCGGAAUGUCCAAUCAAAAAUUCACGGCUAUCAAAAUCAUGAGAAUUACCUGUAAGUUCGCACCUAAAAAUUGACACAAAUAUAUUUUUAAAGGAUAAGGAAUCAACAGACGUGAUGUCAUUACUGUUAUUCAAGAGCUGGAAACCACUGAAAAUCGCGAUCGGAAAUCAAUAAAAAUUCAUGACUGAAAAGCGAUGAUUUAAAGUUUAUUGCCAGUUUGCCGAAAUGUUUAUAAGGGCUCCGCUUUUAGGCUUGUCUAAUUCUAAAUAAUUCUAUACGUUAACCGUGUUUCAAAAUGUUUCAUCAUUUUUAACUGAUAAUAAUAAUAUAAUAAUGGUAAUAACAACAACAUUAAUAAAGGCCAGAGUUUGCCAGUGGCGAGUUUGCUGUUCCAGCGAUUAUUCCAUUUGCAAUAAGCCGUUCAUAUCGUUCUCCCCUAUCUACUGCAAUCUCUUUUUAAAAUAUAAACUAACUAAAUUAAGCCAAAACUAAUUAGGACUAAACUGACUUAACCAACUUGUUGCUUUCUUUUAAUUCAGGAUCCAGCAUUGAAGUUUGCCAACAGAAACAUGCAGAUUGUCUUCAUGGUCUUAAAGGUUGAUGACGAGAAAUAACUUUAAAGUUAUAUUUGUUGGUUUAGAAUUUAUUUUCCUCUGUUUUUUGGUAUGGCAAUUGAGGGUCAUAAUGAUUGACUAAACCAGCAUAAUUGAUCCACAAUUUCACUCAUUUAUGACACAUGUACAUUGUAAAUAAGCUUCACCUAAAUAAAAUGUUUAGUCAACUGAUUAACUAAACCAAACAGCAAUCACUUAGUGAUACGCCGAUCCACCCAUUAACGCGCGACGCGCGGCCUCUUACUAACGAACUAACGAGACAGUUUCAUUCAAGUGUUGUGUGUGCACUAAGGCAUUCAAAAGUUUUUACUCAGUGAGAGACUGUACUUUUCUAACAUUGCUGCUUUCUUUCAUUAUUCUGUAGACACAGUGAAAUGUGACUGUCCAGUCUCUUGUAAUCAGACAAAAUACAAGGCGGAAAUAUCUUUCUCCAAACUCCUUGAUCAUGACAAGACAAUGUCUGAUCCAGUUAGUAAUUGGUUCAGUAAUGUCAACGAGGAUAGGUAAAGUAAUACCUCCUCUAUAAAGGCCCCUUCCAAAUAAGCUCACCUUUUUUAAAAAGCGCCCCCCUCUCGAUCAGGGGAAGAACGUUAUUAAGCCCCCUUCUCCUCUCCCUCCUUGUUCUUCACUACCAAAUUAAUAAAAAAUGGACUGAUCCAGUGUGGGUUAUUCAUAUCUGGAAGUUAGGAUCUUUAGCUCCAAGACCUCUAACGUCAUCUCCCUGAGCAUUUCCACUUUAUUUCGUCGUUCUUUAUGGAGAAUUGAUACCAUCUUCUGUUUGUUUGAAAAAGCAGUAUGGUCCCCUAUUUCGGUUAAUUGAUUAAGUCCCCCUUCUCAAAUAAGCUCCCAUGUUUGUAAAACAAAUUUUAGCUACACAAUGCGUCCGUGUAGUAUCUGCCGUUUAAAAAAAAGAAAAGAAAAAGAAAUUUUACAUCUUUGAGGUUUUGUAUUUGAAUUUUGCAGGCGUUAUAAAAAAAAGAAAAAUUGGAAAAGGUGAAUCAUGUCCUUCAGAUUUCCUUGCUGUACUACUGACUGUGUAUUUUGUUUUCUUAGCCAGGAUUUUGUUUACCUAAUAGUUGGCUUUAAGUCAUUAAGUUAUGAAUUGCAGGAGGAGAAGUUAGUGUACGACGUUUUUGCUAUGUUUGGUAAGUUGCAACACUGAGAUAGAAAUAUGAAGUAACCUGUCGGAAUUCAGCCAGGGAGGGGAGGCGGGGGAAACUGCCAUGUGUAGCUUAACAGGGGCCAUGGGGUGAGGUACGCUGUAAAAACAGGCUGAACUAUUUGUUACCAAACCAGAAAAGGAAUUCAACAAGGUUUACCUUGAAGAUUCUAUGCUUUAUUAAGAUUUGUCCAUGUAUGUACAUCCUUGUCUUUAAUUUUUAUUUUCCUUUCCUUUCCUUCCUUUACCUUCGUGGUAAACGUAAAGUAAAAUAAGCAUCGCGCACAUGAGGUUCUACCUGAAAAUACGUUUUAGCUGAAUGUUCCUUUAGAAAGAUAAUAUAAGACAUAUAACGACAGUUCCAGUUUAUCAUGGUCUAGCCAACUAAUUUGUCGAUAUUUUUUGUUUGUUUUCGUUUUUCUUUUCGUUGCAUGUUGUAUCCCAGGUGAGAUUGGAGGUAACAUGGGUUUGUUCCUUGGCUGCAGCGUUCUGACACUCUGUGAGUUUAUCGAGUUCCUGUGCAGUGUAAUGGCAGCCAAAUUGUGCAAAGGUACCAACAUCCCACCAGUCACUUCAUUACAGUGACGGGAAGCUAUAGUUCAAGGCUGACAACGAACUGUUAAUUCAACAACCCACGUAUUGAUGGUUGUUCUUAGAACAUGACAUAUUAGGCGUUAGGUCGGUAGCUUUAUCCAAUAAGAAGAUGUAGUGAGGAAUAUUUCAACACCUUAACUGAGCUAACCUCUUAAAAUGGCCGACGUCUUAUCCACGAAUGUAAAAAAGCAGCUGAUAUUUAUUGUUACUAGACAUUCCCCAUGAAUUUCCAAGACAUUUUGAAAACCUUAAGAUUCAUAAAAAAGGUUCCUCUUCCCAAAAAUUCUUAUGAAACAUUCCACAAGAAAAAUCCCUUUAUCAGCUAGUCAAAAAGUCAAGUCUGUUUGAAUUCUUUAAUUUGCAAGCCCUCUCUCAGGUCGAUGCGUUUUCUUGUUUACACCCUCCCUCGCAAAACAAAAGCCUGGAAGGCUACAGCAAUUAGCGUCUACAGACCAAAGAUAAUUCCUUUUGACAAACUUCUCAACCAUAGUUGCCGUGACGUCAUCAAACAGCAGUCAGUAUUUCCUGUCGCAAGUUUCGACUAUUUGUGAAUGUGAUUUUCAAUUUUGGGAAUUCUAGAGGCUAUAACUUAAGAAGGCUGUAACAUUUACCUGACAUCUAAAGACUCGAUUGUUUUCAACAUUUACGUAAGAUUAAUUAAGGCUAAUCUAACCCACUAAGCGAAAAUAAAUCUUUACUGAAUCCCAAAAGAAAUCUUAGUUUUUACAUGACGUGAUUAUGUUUAACUGCACAGUGCGCUGCAUAAUUAUGUCUUCCGCAGAGGCACAGUUCACCCUGCACUACAGCAACAAAGAAAGAAUAAAACGCGUCUGUUUUGUCCUCGGCUCCAAUGUCGCGUCCUCUCUGUUGUAUCCAUAACUGUUGCAAAGGUCAGCGGCCAAGCUUUAGACAGAACUUGAAAUAAAUCCUUCUCCUUAGACGCCUAAAAUGGAGAAUAUGUUCCUAUCUUGGACUUGAGGGAUUCUCUGAUGUGCUUAAACAUAUUUUUUUGUGUGAUUACCUCAGUUCAUUUCAUGGUAUCUUAUACGUCUUAAACUGUCCACCUCCAACAUUCCCAAGUACGUAUACAGGUAUUUCGAGAAAGGUUGUCGGAAAAAGUGCACGCGACAACCCCGAAAGGUAUUGUGGGUAGUUUUGAGUGCCCUGUUCUUCAAAGAAAUUUGAAAGAAUUGCACGGGAGGCCACGGACAUAUGUUUGCGAGUGCCAAAGGAAAGUAAAAAAAUUAGUUUUGACAGCUACAGUCGUUAGGAACAGUGUAUUGAUCAUAUCCCAUAUUACCUUUCGGGAUUGUCGCGUGCACAUUUUUUCCGACAACCUUUCUCGAAAUAGCUGUAUAUAGAAUUUAUUACCUUCUGUCAGCGCCCUCACCCGACCAGAUCGAAACACAACUGACCUGUAGUAAACAAACGGACGAACGAACGAACAAAGGCCUUUUAUUUUUGCCGAUCGUUUCUGGUUUUCUUUUUAAAUGAUGACAUUUUGCUAACGGAUCAUACGUGACAACGUCCGGCACCUAAGUAUGCUGGAGAGCUCCAUACAAUUCCUUAGAAUAGAAGUCUGUUCUCAGGAAUUGUAUGGAGCUCAGUCUGUUCGGAAGACGAUUUGAGACCUAGAAUUUUCGAAACAUUUGUUGUAAAAUUUCUUGCUUGCCUGCCUCUCCUAGUAUUUUCGAACAUCUAAAAAAUGGUAUAAUUGCAUAAAUUUAACGGAUUUUUAGCCUAAAAAGGUCACCUAGAAUUUUCGGGAGCCUUUUUUCUGGCUGAAAUUUUCGGAAAGGUAAGUUUUGACUCCUAUAAUUUUCGGAUCACUAGACUUUCAGCUAGGAAAUCCGUACAGAUGAAAAAUUUUUAGGGAAUAAAAAUAUGCCUUUAUCUACCGUUUAAAUACUAAAAUACGUUUAACAAUGCUAUGUUUAAGUGUUUUUGAACUAUAUUCUCGUUGGGUGCCCCUGGGAGCUCUCCAGGAUAGUUACAGUGCACGCCCUGUAUGUCUUCUCACCCAGAUGUUGUAAACAUUUUUAAUAUUCAUCCAAUAGUGUAAAACAUAACUGAAAAUCUUUUGUUUUCAUUGUUUUCAUUUCGUUUCAUAACAAAACCUAGCUUAACAUGCUUAACCGAGAUAAGCGUAAGUUAAAACUACCUAAUUACCAUCUAACAGUGUGUACUUUAAUUAAUGUGUGAUUCGCACACGUGAUCAACAUUUACUUCUUAGAGGAGGCAUAGGUUUUUAAAAGCUCAUAACUCUUCUUCGUUUUUUUUAAAUUUGUUUUUAAUUUUUUGGAAGAAUAUUUUUCUUGUAAUAUCCCAAACUACGACCUUAUUAUAUGGAUGAGAAUAGUAUAGAAAAUUAGCGUAAUUGAAUAAUUCAGCUCAACAAGUAAAGGAACAAGGGACUUUCGAUUUUUGAUUAUUAUUUCCCCCAUCAGUGGAUUUUGCAUACAACAAUAUUUAUCCAGAGGUAAAUGAAUUUUUUUUACUCAUUUGUUAUGUUCAAGCUACCGCAUACUGUAAAGCUAAUAAAUAGUUUAGCAGAUGGUUUGAUAUUUCACAGCCUCGUUGCGUUGAAGGGAGACUGGCUUCCCGAGAUCACUGGUUCUAUUUCUGUUGGUAAGUUAAAUUCAUUUAUCAUUUACUUUAAAAAAGUAGCCUUUCAAAUGUGGACUAGACUGGAAGUGAAAUAUUCACAGUGAGUUUAACUUUACAAAAGCUGAAAGAUGUCUGGGCGAAAGAAUUCCUUCCCAAUAUCUUGACAUGGCCUAUUCUUCUUUAAGGCCGUAACUGGGCGUGUCGAAAUUAAUCCAGCUGUUUCCCCUCGGAUUCGCGCUCCAACAAGAAUCACUAGAUACACUAGCAAUCCGGAUCGUGAUCACUUUAUUUUUAAUCAGGCACUGCAAAACAAUAAUCUUUCAAAGAUCGGUUUUUAACAGAACUAGUAGAAUAUAGACUGCUCUUGCUGCAGACCUUGGACUAUAUGUUGCUUGCUCUUUAAGUUCUUAUAAAGCUGUCCUUUACGGUUUUAACGAACAAGCUCUUGUCGCUUCCUACUUCCCUGAUGACCCUCGGUCUUUCAAAUCUAUAUGCUUGACCUGUAACGCUGCCCAUAAUUUAGGGCGGAACAUCGUUUGGUGUUUAUAGAUAGUAUUGUUAGCUUUUACAUUUAUCGAUCUGUCUUGAGCCCGCAGUAAUUGGCGCUCGCUGUUGCGGUGUCCCCGCCUGUCAGCUCAGUCCUGUGAAUACAUGUACACUUUUUUUUCUGUGUCAAUUAUCUUGUUGUUUGCAAAGUUAAUAAAAAUAAAAUAAAAAAUAAUCACAUUACCUCAAUAAUGCCCUCUGACUGGGUAUUAUAUUUGCUACACAAUCAUCUCAUACUACUAGGUAAAAUCCAACAGAGAAAGAGCGCUUAAUUUUGAAAACCAAUUUAAAAAUGUCUACUACACGUAUGCUUAUGUAAUUUAAAUUUCUCUGACAAUUAGUUCUGGGGAGGUAAAUUGAAUUGUUUUGGAACAAACGACUUCGCACUGCUGUUUUUAUGCUUCCCACCGUUCCAGCUUUAAACUGACAGUCAUAAAUGAAACUUAGUACAUGUACAUUGUGGUCAAUUAGAAAAAAAAAAUUUCAAAUACCACGCAGGUCAAGGUGUAAUAAGAUAUGGGCAAAACCGGUUGUUACAAUGUAAGCCCUCUUCAUACAUAAUAAAACAAUCAAUAGUCACUACAUUGAUGUUUUCGUACAUCAUAAUUUAAGUAUAUUUUCAUACCAAGCGGUCAGGUGUUGUAUGCAUUUUCACUGUUCACCCAGUAGUCUUAAAAAUAAUGGAACCUCUAUGCAUUAGUUUUUUUUUAUUGUUAUCAUUUCUUUCAAUGAGAAAAUCUAACUUUGUACAAAUAAAUUAAAUCGUAUCGUAAUUUUACCUCUCAGAAGGGACCAGGCAUUUAAAAGGUCGUUUCCAUUUUUUUUUUUGGUCGUAACUUCUUUUUUCACAUUUAAAUUUUUUUGGAAGAAAACUUUACUUGUACCAUACCAAUCAAGGAUUUUUCUAUUUGGCUGAGAACAAUGUAAGAAAUAAGCAUAAGGAAAUAACUCAGCUCAACAAGUAAUAAAAAGUCAAGAGCGGUUAGAGGGUUUUCGAUUUUUAAUUCUUAUUUCAUUAUUUACAAAUAAGCUCCAUAAUUUAUACUAGAUUUGCAUAAAAUAAUUCAUCCAGCUGUGGGAAAUGAAAUGUUCAAGCCACCACAUACAUUGUGCUGUUAAGAUAACAAAUAGUUAAGCAGGUGCUUUGAUAUUUCAUAGCUUUUUGCAUUGAAGGGAGACUACCAGAUCUGUGGUUUGCAUCAGUCUGUUGGUAAGUUAAAAUCAUUUAUCUUUUGAUUAACAAAUGUAGCCUGUAAAAAGUCAGUUUUGCCUAUUCCAAUUUCAAUUUAUUAAGGUGUGGAACAGAAAAAACAUAUUUGUGUCGUUUCCUUGCUGGCGGCUAAAAGUAGAACCUGUCACAACGGAUACUAUAUACCGGGCACGGGAGAAGGGUGAAACGUGAAUUCACGGACUGAGACGUAAAUCUCGCGGCAAAGUUUAAAAAGCAUCACUUUUAAAAUCAAUCUAACAUUCUCAUAAAUAUAAACACGCUAAAAGAUUGGUGACUCAUUGAUUCUCCACAAAUGAUAAAAUUUAUCGGUGGUAAAACAUACAGGAAUCUUGCAGUGUACGUUUUUUAAAACGUUAGUAUUAUUUUUGUAGUCUUCUCCAAAUUGUGAGCCUUUUUGUGGAUUUUGUUGGCUCUUUUUUGUUCGUCUUCUUGUUUCUGAACAUUUGAGGUGAUACCCUUGACACUUCUUUAUAUUCAGCAACUCGAAUAAUUUAAAAAGCCUUUUAAGGCUUUUUAAAUUAUUAUUUUUAAAUUUUUAAAUUAUUUUAAAAAAUCUCUGGUUAAAAAAAGUUACUGGAGAGACUCAGAAAACAUGCUAAAAAAUGAGUUUUUAAGUCCAAGGUCCUUUCAAAUCACAUUUACUGUAACUAUAGAAUCCCUUAAUAGUCAGAGUAUCGUUCCCUUCAGUUUAUUAAGGGGCUUUCGUCAUUUUUACACGAGUCUAGUUACAUCAGAUUCCCACUGUUUGUUGGAUACAGCGACUGUCAGCAUCGAAGGAUUUUUUUGAAAAAAAAAAGUAAUAACUGAUAAUCCAGGAGGAAAAUGUGGGCAUUGCAAUUCUCACUGUAGAAGCUUACUACCGAGAGUGCUUUUAAGUGAAAAUUAAUGAUAGUAUAAAAACUUUUUGCAUUAGUUUUUGCAUUUAAUAUGAGGAAUAAAGCAAAGGAAAUUUCAUUAAAUUGCAUAGCUAAUGCGUAAUCUAUUUAACAUAGUUUAUUUUGCCUCCUUAAAAUUUCACUAUUGUGGCAAUCUUCACAAUGGAAAUUGAGUUAAAGUAGUCUCCUUUAAUUACACGUUCCAAGUUCUAUAAAUAUUUUUGUUCCCUUCACAAUUUGCAAUCAAAUAAAUGAAAACAUGACCGCAUUAUCAUGAUUGUAAUAUCAAAAGCACUUCCCUGAAACUAAAAGUUUUCUUUUAUUUGUUACUAGUGGUUGGCUCCACUUUAUAAAUAGUUCUUGCUUUUUUCUUGCGCAUGUGUAAUACUAGAAUUGAGAGAAAUAAGAAUCCAGUUAUUCUUUAAAUUGCAGUACUCUUGACACAAUAAACCAUUUACUUGAAAUAAUAAAAAAUAAUGAUAUACUUAAAAGUUUCUGGGUAUGUCAAACUGAUAUCAAUAAAACCAUGAUUUUUGAAUUCAACAAAUCAAACUUUGCAAGUAAAAGCCUUCAUGCAUGGCUGAGUCAAUUCCUGUAUGCCCAUCACAUAAACCCCAGGAAGGUACGCAUCAUGUAUGUUUGAAACAGCUAAAUAUAAAGUAAAUAAAUUAAUAAUUCAAAUAAAAAUCCCUCAUAAUGAAGAAACUAGCGGCAAGAUUAUGACGAAUGGUGACUAAGGGCCUGUUUACAUGCAGGUGGGGGGGCUACAGAUAGUUGAGGUAGCAUGCGGCGGGUCACCCCAUCUACCAUGAUGUAAACGUGAUCAAGUUAAAAUGAGAGAUUGUAUGGAAAGGGGGUUACCCCAAAGCGGGUUACCUUAAUUAACUACGGCUGAGGUUCCACACCUCAAUGUAAACAGGCCCUUAACAAUAGUGUUUUGAUAUAUUCAGGUUGAUGAGUGCAAUCGCACAACCUCGCAAAUAGCCUUCAAAUAUCCCAGGAGGGAGGUGACGCUUAGAAUUGAUGAGCCGUCACGCAACUGCUCUUUUCUUUUUUUUUAUUUUCAGAGCGUAAAAAAUCCUAACAUGAAUGAUAAGAAAUUAGAAGAAGAGGAAGAAAGGAAACAUCAUCGCAGCCUUUCACAAAAAUGGACAGCAUUUAUUGAAAAUACCACUUUGCAUGGUAUAAGGAAUGUUUUACCAUCGCAAAGACCAAAGGUCUCCCGAGUGGUUUGGUCUGUUGUAAUGAUGACCUUUGGCGCAUAUUUUAUUUGCACCUUUUAUAAGGCAGUGAACAAAUACCUUCAAUAUCAUACUGUCACCUCGAUAACCAAGAAUUACGAACAGAAUAUGUCGUUUCCGGCAGUGAGUAUUUGUCCUGACAAUUUAUUCAGCAGAAGAAAAAUUAUGAUGCGGGACGACGAUCCCUUUUUUGCAGCCCAAGGCCUAAACAUGAGCGCAUGCGAGGCUACUAAGGAGUUACGUCAGAGGGAGAUGAACAACAUGUCUUGUGGAUUAGCAAUGAUCUGCUGCUGUGCCUUUUUUGGAUAUAAAACAAAUCCAAUUGAUUAUACUAACUGCACUGAACAGAGAAGGAGUGCAUUGCAAAAAGCAAUUGAAGAAUCUGGGGUUCUUUUCAACAUGGAACAGUUCUUCACAGUCUUCAGCCCGGAUUCAGCAGAAAUGCUAUCUCAUUAUUUUGGAUGCCUCUUCCAAUGGAGUGAAAACUGCAAUCACUCAGAUUUUGAAACCGAAGUGACACAAUAUGGAAUAUGCCAUACUUUUAAUUCUGGCAAAAACAAUCGAUCCAAAGUUUCCUAUAUGGGUGGAGUGAGCAGUGGACUGGCAAUAAUGCUGAAUGUGAGUCAGUCAGAUUACACGCUUGGCAACAAGAUAGCACAAGGGUUCUCCAUAUCGAUCCAUGCCCAGGGAGAAAGCUUCAAUGCCUUUGACGAGGCAUUUAGUGUAAUGCCAGGGACAUAUGCUACCAUUUCGCUUUCAGAGCAAAGAGUAGGUUUGGUUUAUGUCUUUCUUGAUUUAAUGUUCUUUGCCUUCAGGAGAUUUAAUAAAAUAAGAAAAACUGGUAUCACUUUAAGCUACAGUCAAAUUUUCGUUUCGGAGAUUUCGUUUCUCACGUGUCCAAAUGCUGUUUAUUUGAAAAUGUUGACAAAGUUGACUUAGAAAGGUUAGGAUGCAGUGACCUUCCCUCCUUAACUUGAAUUGCUUGAAAAGGUUGAGCCUACGUUUAGAAGUUCUGAUUAUUCGUUGGUAACUGGUACUAGCUAUUUUUGCUUUCUUACACCUCAGUUUAUAUCAUUCCUUUUAUUAAGCUAUUUUUAACCAACUCCUUAAAGUUUAUGAAAAUGGUAUUAAAGUUCUCUUUCGGCAAAAAAAGGAAUAAUGAGGAUGACCUUUCAAGUUUUUGUUUGUAAAGAGAAAUAAAUGUCGCAGCUACUGAUAAUGAUGAUGAUGGUAAUGAUGAUGAUGUUGAUGAUAUCAUGAUUUUCUUUUUCAUUCAAAGUUCAAGCAUCUUGAUAGAUAUGGCAAGAAGUGCGAGACAAUGAAAUUGAAAAGUUUUUCUCGAUAUACUACAGACGGUUGCCUGGAGGAGUGUAACGCUAAACGUUAUAUGGAAUACUGUGGCUGUCGUCCGGCGGGUAUCACUAGUACAUAUCAGCAGUCCCCACCCAAUUUCUUUUAAUGUUUUACUGUAUGUUGUACAUGUUGCUGUGUCUUAUAAAAGUCUCUCUCUUACUUUGAUAACAUGUUAAGUGUAUGUUCGUCAAAGAAAAUAUGUUGAAUGGCAAGUUUUGUUUAUUUGGUUGGUCUCUCCGGAUCCACUAUUACUGUUUUAUGUUCCGGUGGAAAACCGCCACCUGACAGGGUCAAAAUGGAGGUGUAUGGCUAUGAAAAACGGGAAAACAGUAUUAACAUCAGCUUUAAUUUCAAUCGUGUGAUUCCAUAUCGCAUUUCUGUGUGGUUAGUGAGUUUCGUUUAAAUUUUUUAAAAAUCAAUUUCGUGAGGACAUGACGUCUCUUUCACUUUCAUUGCAACAAUCGACCAUCGAAAUAAUGGCGGAAUGUCCGAUCAAAAAUUCACGGCAAUCAAAAUCAUUAGAAUUACCUGUAAGUUCGCACCUAAAAAUUGACACAAAUAUAUUUUUAAAGGAUAAGGAAUCAACAGACGUGAUGUCAUUACUGUUAUUCAAGGGCUGGAAAUCACUGAAAAUCGCGAUCGGAAAUCAAUAAAAAUUCAUGACUGAAAAGCGAUGAUUUAAAGUUUAUUAGCAGUUUCCCGAAAUGUUUAUAAGGGGCUCCGCUUUUAGGCUUGUCUAAUUCUAGAUAAUUCUAUAUGUUAACCGUGUUUCAAAAUGUUUCAUCACUUUUAACUGAUAAUAAUAAUAAUAAUAAUAAUAACAACAACAACAUCAAUAAAGGCCAUAGUUUGCCAGUGGCGUGUUUGCUGUUUCUAGCAAUUAUUCCAUUUGCAAUAAACCGUUCAUAUCGUUCUUCCCUAUCUACUGCAAUCUCCUUUUAAAAUAACAACUAACUAAAUUACGCAAAAACUAAUUAGGACUAAACUGACUUAACCAACUUGUUGCUUUCUUUUAAUUCAGGAUCCAGCAUUGAAGUUUGCCAACAGAAACAUGCACAUUGUCUUCAUGGUCUUAAAGGUUGAUGACGAGAAAUAACUUUAAAGUUAUAUUUGUUGGUUUAAAAUUUAUUUUCCUUUGUUUUUUGGCAUGUGGCAAUUGAGGGUCAUAAUGAUUAACUAAACUAACACAAUUGAUCCACAACAUGUACUUUCACUCAUUUAUGACACAUGUACAUUGUAUAUAAGCCUCACCUCAAUAAAAUGUUUAGUAAACUGAUUAACUAAACCAAACGGCAAUCACUAAGUGAUACGCCGAUCCCCCCAUUAACGCUGAGUGACGCUCGGCCUCUUACAUUCGGUUAAAGGAACUGGUUCACGAUAAUGCACAUGUGUGAGUUCUGACAGUAGCUGAUUGUUUUUCAACCAAUCGGAAAAGAGUUAGAUGCACGCAAGUAAAUUUACAAAAUUCAAAUUAAUUGUUCGCGACGCGAGAGUAUUUCCGGCCAUUUGGUUUGAUUAUAUUUAUCCCCAUAAUUCAAGUUUAUUCUUUGCUACUCCUCAGAUAUAUGUUGCAGCCGAUAAAAAUAAAAUUUACAGCCCUGUCCUGCUUUGAAACAAACAUUUACCAAUGUGUAUUUUUACGAGGUCGUACCCACGCUGUUCUCUCAUUUCGCCUUAUAUAAACCCAGAAAUACCUAAAAAUAGUGCCUGACCGGUGACAAAAACACAAAACGUAUGAGUAUAAGGAUUAUCCUUAAUUCAGCAUAAAUUUCUUUUGCUUAUCAGCAAAUGAAGAAAUUCAUUCGCGUUGCAUCGGGUCAGUGUUCCGCAAAACAAAUGUUAUCGAGUAGCACACAUAAAGAAACUAGAUUAUAAACAGAAUAUUCAGGCAAUAAUUUAUUUUAAAAACAUCAAUUCUUAAACAUAUACGAUCGUAAAGCAAAGAUACAAGGAACAUUUCAAGUGUACCAGAUCGUAGCCUGUUCCAAGCGUUCAGAUAGUGGAGAGCGGUGCAGAGUAAAGAAAGCGAUGAAAAGUAGAGGGGAACACCUCUCCUCCUCCCUCGCUUUUAUUUUUUCGCGCUCCUUUUUACUUCGCACCGCUCCCCACUAUCUGAACGCCUGGAACAGGCUAACCAGAUCGGUGAAGAUCGCGCGGCCUGGUGCGGUAUAACUACAGGUCGGAGUCAAAAAUCAAAUCAAAGUUGAACGAACUCAUGCUUUUAAACACUUUCCAAGUGUCGUGUAUUCUUUUCGUAAGCCACACACUACUCCUAGAACCAUACCAGAUCGAUAGGCUAAGCUUCUCUAUCUCCAAAAUAAAGGAUUAAAUUAACUGCGAAAACCGUGGACGAAGAUCCUACUAGUUGUAAACGUUGGAUCUCUAGAGAAGAGAUCAAAUCAGCCAAAAUAUAAAGAACAAGAACGAGAAGUCCGAAGACUACAGCAAAUUGAAGCAAAGCUGAUUUAAAACAGCGUGUAUUGUUUUUUAUAACAUCUGUAAACCUGAAGAAGGCUGGUAUGGCCAGCCGAAAUAUUGUUAUAAAAACAAUACACGUUGUUUUAAAUCAGCUUUGCUGUAGUCUUCGGACUUCUCGUUCUUGUUCUAUCUCCAAAAACUCUUGAGAAAGUCCAGUUGCCGGACGGCCAGGAUGCUCUUCUGAACCUCCAUGAUCAAAACAUUAUUUUUUGCGUCUUCUUAAAACGUAACCAGUCAAACGACACAACCGCACGUUAAUCACCAUUACCGAAGUAUAACUAGACCAGCCAAAGCGACGGAUGUCCGAAUAAAACGAAGGAUUUUCAAUGAUUGUACCGGUAAUGGCGAUUUCGAAUUUAGUGUUGACCCGACAAAUUUUUUCUGGAGAGACAAACGGCGCGCAUCCGCAUUAUCGUGAACCAGUCCCUUUAAAACUAACGAGUCAGCUUCAUUCAUGUGCUGUGUGUGCACCAAGUGUGCACCAAGGUAUUCAAAAGUUUUUACUUAGUGAGAGACUGUACUUUUCUAACAUUGCUGCUUUCUUUCAUUAUUCAGAGGACACAGUGAAAUGUGACUGUCCAGUCUCUUGUAAUCAGACAAAAUACAAGGCGGAAGUAUCUUUCUCCAAACUUCUUGACAAGACAAUCUCUAGUCCAGUUAGCAAUUGGUUCAGUAAUCUCAACGGGAAUAGGUAACGGUAAUACCUCCUCUAUUAACGCCUCCCCCGAAAUAAGCUCACCUUUUUUAAAAAGCCCCCCCUCUCGAUCAAGGGAAGAAGGUUAUUAAGCCCCCUUCUCUUUAAGCCCCGUCCCCUCCUCUCCCUCCUUGUUCUUCACUACCAAAAUAAAAAAUGGACUGAUCCAGUGUGGUUUAUUCAUAUCUGGAAGUUAGGAUCUUUAGCUCCAAGACCUUUAACGUCAUCUCCUUGAGCAUUUCCCCUUUGCUUCCUCGUUGUUUAUGGAGAAUUGAUACCAUCUUCUGUUUGUUUGAAAAAGUAGUAUGGUCCCCUAUUUCGGUUAAUUGAUUAAGUCCCCCCUCUCAAAUAAGCUUCCACUCUCUAUUACCCCCACCCUGAAACAUCCUUGAAAUAAUACCCCCACAGCUACACAAUGCAUCCGUGUAGUAUCUGCCGUUUAAAAAAAGAAAAGAAAAAUAAAUUUUACAUCUUUGAGGUUUUAUAUUUGAAUUUUGCAGGGGUUAUGAAAAAAGAAAAAUUGGUAAAGGUGAAUCAUUUCCUUCAGAUUUCUUUGCUAUAAUACUGACUGUGUAUUUUGUUUUCGUAGCCAGGAUUUUGUUUACCUAACAGUUGGCUUUAAGUCAUUAAGUUAUGAAUUGCAGGAGGAGAAGCUAGUGUACGACAUAUAUGCCAUGUUUGGUAAGUUGCAACACUGAAAUGGAAAUAUGAAGUAUACAUGGAAUUCAGCCAGGGAGGGGAGGCGGGGGAAACUCCUGUGUAUAAGCGACCAGGGGCCGUGGGGUGAGGUACGCUGUAAAAGGAACUCAACAAGGUUACCUGUCAGAUUCUAUGCUUUAUCAAUGUCUAUCCGUGGACAUGUUGUGGUUAAAUUUUAUCCUUCGUUUAAAUUUUAUUUUCCUUUGUUUCAAACUCAUUAUGGUCAUACAAUACCAUACCCCAAAACAAAGGAAAAUAACAUUUAAACCAAGGAUAAAAAUGAACAGCAACGUAGACAAAAAAGUUAGUUGGUUUCGUGGUAAAGGUAGAGUAAAUUAAAUAUCGUACACAUGCGAUUCUGGUAUGUUCCCUUUGAAAGAUAAUAGAAGGCCGAAAUAAGUGAUUACAGUUACAGUUUGUCAUUUUCGAGCCAACUAAUUUGUCUUUGUUUUUGUUUUUGUUUUUUUUUUCGUUCCUCCUUUUUUCUCUGUUGAAUACCAGGUGAGAUUGGAGGUAACAUGGGUUUGCUCCUUGGCUGCAGCGUUCUGACACUCUGUGAGUUUAUCGAGUUCCUGUGCAGUGUCGUGGCAGCAAAGUUGUGCAAACGU